AUGAAUCUAAGUACUUCAAGAAGAACAACAAGUGCCAGGUCUUCAAGAAGCGCAUCAAGAAGAACCGUCCCCGCUCAGGUUUCAAGGCGAUUUUUCCCUCUUACAUAUGUGACCAGUGCCACGCCGUCUUCGACCAGAAGCAGAGCGACAACCGCCGAAAGGCUUUCUACUCCCAUCGCGUGUGGAAGUGUGGUGUCCUGCGACCAGCCAGGUUGCAAGCACAUCGAGCCUUCCAACGGUCGCUCCAUUACUGUUCGCGUGCAAGCUCUGAUCGACCACAUCCACAUCGUCCACUUCGAUCUUGGAGUGUCUGGGCUUCCCACGAACGCCUUCCUCGUUGCAAAGGCCGUCGAGGGCAAGUCCAAGGCCUGCCGGUACUGCGGUCGCGUGUUCAGUGGCGACCACUUUGUGCGCAAUUCCAACCGUCAUGACGUCCGACGAGGUCCUCCAGUGCUUCUUCUGCCCGAAGCUCUUCAAACGCCAGCAUCGCUAUGCCGAGCGCGAGAAGCUCGUCAACUCGAAGUACCUCGCGGACAACAACGGUCACUGCAAAGUUUACAAGAAGCGUCUCAAGACAACCGUCCCCGUUCUGGGCUGGCUGCAAUCCCUCAACUUGCCACCCUGUCGGACUUCCGCGAUCACUUGCGCCGCCGCGAGGCGAACCAGGAGUACCCCUCGACCGCCGGCAUCCUCGUGAAGAAGGCCGUCAAGGGAGAGUCCAAGCCUUGCCCGUUCUGUGGACGCGUUUUCACCGGAGACCACUACGUUCGCAACUACAACCGACACGUCGCUGCCUCUCGUGAACACGGUCGCUGCCUUGUGAACGAGGGGCACGCCGCCGUUCUCAAGUGCCGCUACUGUCCGAAGCUCUUCACGGGGCAACACCGCAACGACGAGCGCAAGCGGCACGAGGCGCGCCCUUUCCGCCGCAAGCACGGUUACUGCAAGGUCUACAAGAAGUGUCUCAAGGCCACUCGUCGCUCUGGUCCCUCUGCCAUUCCCCCCACCUACACGUGCUCGGCUUGUGGUGCUCUCUCCAACGACAAGAACAGCGACAACAGGCGCAGGAACUACUACACUCAUCGAGUGUGGAAGUGUCAAACUACCCCCAGUGCCGGCCUCAUGAAGCUGACUAAGACGGCCGUCGUCGCUUGCGAUCGACCGCAUUGCGACUACGUCGAGGUCGCAGACGGUCGCUCGGUUACUGUUCGCGUGCGGGCCCUCUUCCACCACAUUGACAUUCUGCACUUCGCUCCCUAG